UAUUAAUUGUUUACAGCUCGUACCAAGGUCAUCCGAUUUCGGUGAAAUUUUCAACACGCAUGCAACUCACCGUGAUCUAUAAAACACGUUCCCCAAAUUUUCGUUGUAGGCUCGAAUGAAAAAGUUAAAAAACGAGAGUUUUUUCUUUUCUUUCGUCGUUCUGAACAAUGGCAAAAUUAAAAAAAAAGAAGCAUUCCAGUUACGGUCUAGUAGACCGGUCGCUCUAUCAUCUAAAAAAGAAGAAAAUUCAAGUCGUUUAGCCCAGUUCUAAGAAAGUUACUUGCAUUUUGAAAAGUUUCGGAAUAUCAACGGGAGUCGCUGCAAGUAUCGUUACACGCGUUCACGUUUCGCGCUCGUUCGUACGCGUUAUCUGACAACGUGGCUAGCUUCGCAAUGUUAAUGAUUUUUUUACUGGCGGCGUGCGGGUGGCCGGUCAAAGGGUUAAUUAGCUUUCGUUACAGUAUGAAAUUACGAUGGCCGUUGAGCGAGCCGUAACACCCGCAUUUAACGUUAAUCGACGCCGGUCGUUCGGGAAUACAUAUACGUAUGUACGUAUCGCGCGACACGUUAACGACACCCAAGACGCGGCGGCGACAAGCGGGCAAUAAGAACGCGGAAUACAUACGCGAUGGAUUAUUAAGUUAGUGUCCCCAUGACGACCGGUGGUCAAUGGAAUGGGCGUUUCGGAGUUACGGAGACAGUGGAAGAGCAGCGGUGACAGCGCUUCGCACGGCUGUCAAACCAGUAGUAUGCGAAAUAUGAGAAAUCGUGACCGAGGUAUCGCGACACCGAUGAGCCUAAUUCGCGUGGAAAGUAGAUUGACUCGCCGCGGAAAAGGCGUUCCGUUCGGUUAGGAGGCUUCGCGUGUGCCGCCGGCGGAGAUCGUUCGAUCAUCGGCAGCCCUGGCUCCACUGGCUCUUUAGGCAUUAGAAGUUUCCGGCGUGGCUUGUACGCCGACACAGAAGCCGACCAAGUAUUUCUUCGGUUACACCGCCGAUCGGAGGACGCCGAGAAGAUUGAUGCGGAAGACCCGCGUCGCCGGCCUUUAACGAUGUUUCUCGCGAAAGGAAGGGGGAAUCGCGAGGCGAAAUCAAAAGAGACGUUCAGCGAGAACGACUACGGAUGGCGGUUGUGCAACGAGGACGAUCCGAGGACACCGAGGUCGAGCCGGAGCAAGGACUGCUUGUCCCUGGAUUCAGCGUCCGAAUCGAUGCUGUCCUGCAUAGACUCCGAUUUCGACGACGACGAGACCUAUUCCCUAGCGCAGGAAUUUCGACUCGAACUGGCCGACAACCGCGAGACGAUAGAGCUCGCGUCCGUAGUUCACAAGGACCUGGACGCGGGCAUUACCCUGCGCGAUGCGACCGCGAAGGAACCGGACGCCCCGACGUUUCCAGCCGAGGAGGCCGAAUCCUACUUCGAGGAAUCCGCGGGGCCAAAAUCGCAUCGGUCUCGGGUCCGUGGUAUAUGCUACACGCCGGAAAGGCUGGUUAGGUCUCAGGAGUAUAGAAUACUCACACCAUCGCCCCGUUACUUAUCCAUCUCUCAGACGAGGCUGAUGUCAGAAAAUGAAAGUCCACGGAAAGCGCCUCGCAGCCGACGGCGAUUGAAUUAUCUUAUCGACUCUAAGCAAGUUUGCGACGGUCACCAGAAAACUCUCGUGAACUCCUCGCCUGUGGAGGUCGCGAUGCCGGCCGUUUUCUCGGAAGACUGGACACGCUCGAGGACGACCUCCGAACAAUACGAGGAUGCCUCGUCGAUCAAGCACGAGAAAAUUAGCUUCGACGAGUCGCGGGCACCGGAUUUGAUCUAUAAGAGAUCGAGCAACGAGGGGUUGAACGUCACCUGGGAGGACUGCAAGAGGAUAGAGACGCGUAGCUCGUCCAUGGACGACACGUCCGGGAUCCAGAGCAACGACUGGAGCUCGGACACCCACAGCGAUCUACAAAGCACACCGUUGUGUCUCUCCGUCGAACUGGCAUCGACGAACUACAAGUUGGACACCUCGCAGGGGCGAUGCACCGCUAUCAACGAGGCGGUAUCAAUUCUCGAAGUUCUCGACACAGAUCCCGAAAAAGCGGUGGUUCUUCUCGAGGAGGAUCGUUUCUGCGAUAGCACCUCCUCCCACGAUCGGCUAACCAGGCUAGCCCUGGCGAUAGAAACGGACGCGAAAGACCCGGAUGUGCUCGAAACUUCGGAAAAUGUGGUCCGAGAUCUUCAAAGGAGAGUGGAAAUGCUGCAGGCCAGUAAUAAAGAUAUGUUCCGAGAUAUAUGUAACCUGCGACAGAGUUUUCAGUGCGACGAGCGAAAAAUGGACGACAUUUCCAGUAGCACGAGCAAACUGCGCCAGGAGGUUUGCGACAUGCGAUAUCUCGACGAUCUUUUAAAUCUCUUAAGCGGAAAACUCAAGAGAAUUUCGGAUAGGGAUUGGCCGUUCGCCGUAGGGCGCUUCGAAAACCAGACGGAAGAAACGAAUCUCAUCGUGUAGAAAAGUUCACUCGGCGACUCUAAUAUCGUGGAAUCUUUUUUUCUUUUCCUCGCGGUUGAAGCAACGCCGAACAGAUUCGGGCUGUCCCUUGGAGACUACGUAAACGUCUCGCAUCAUCAUUGUGUUCAGUCGCGAAUAAUAGUCGUUCGUCACGUCGGGGAGUAAUUCCGAUUCGAUUCGAACGGUUGUUCGCCGUUCCAUUAUUAUUUCGUGGUCACUGCCAUUUUAUUCGCGCCUACGGAAGAUCGAAAUCCUAACGAGUUCGACGGAGCAACGGCGCGAAGCGGCUCGGAUAAUUCGCUCGAGCUCAUCUUCCGAAAUCGUUUCGGACAGGGAGGAAGGCUGCGACAAUAACUCGAUUAAUUCAGCAUAGUAUUAACGUCGAAAUCCAUUCGGUUUUAUUUCACUUUGUAAUUUCCUUCCGUCCUUGUCCAUUCGAAAAAGCGCCGACGAGUCGCGUUACAGGGAAACGCUGUAAGAGUUCCUAUUCGCUAACGAGUUAUCGUGUCGUGACAGACAGCUUCAAAGAAAUAUUACCGUGUACAUGCUAACGUACGGAUGAAUGGCCAUGGAAUUUUCUGAAAUCUCCAUUCGGAAGAUAUUUUGCUUUUCGCCGGGACUUCGUCGUCAUCGUGUCGUCGGUUUUUCAACGAACUGGUGCCAGUAUUAGUAUUACGGUACUUAAUUGCGCGAAAUGCUGCUAACAAGUGUCCUUUCAGACGAGCUGAACCCUUCAAAUUUAUGCGAUAAAUGAACGUUAUAAAAAUAUAUAAAAGAACGGAUUGUAUUAUA